AUGGCUUCAAGCUGUAUAACGCCGUCACUGAGCCCGAAAGCAUUGUGUAACGAGUGCUCGGGCAUCGUUUUUGAUGACGCCAAGGGAGAUGUUCGCGAUGCUGCGCAAUGGGAGAGAAAGGAUAGCUAUCCAGAUCUUCCACUGUUUCGUAAGUCGGCUGCAGCAGGUUGUUCUUUCUGCGAGUAUCUUUGCUUUGUACUCGAUGAGAAGCUCCCAAAGCCACUUCAAACUGCGUUACAAAAGUCUACAGCGAAAGAUGUGGUAGCCAAGUUAUCCUCGCCUGCUUACGUGAUGCGUUCCGACAUCAUCGACGUCACACGCGAUUGGAUGCCCGAUGAUUACGGUGUCGAACAAGACGGGAUAUACUGGCUUGAUUUCAGGUUUGAGUCUGAGGCUUGGCGUAAAGGACCUUGUGCCCUCGGUAUUGACUUGAAACUCCCCAUCACGAAUGCUCUCGCUCCGUCUUGCAUUAAACGCCUCACGGAGUGGGUUUGGGGCUGCGCGAGCAACCAUCCGGGAUGUUGCUCUCCAGGGCCAAGAAGUCUCCCGACUCGGCUGAUCAAAGUGGGAGAGAUGAGAGACGAAAUAGCUCGCUUGGUCAUGAGUGACAAGCUUCCCUCGACAACAUCGUACAUUGCUCUGAGCUACUGCUGGGGCCCUCCAUCCGUCAGUAAACCACAGCUUAUCACCACAACGGCCACUCUGGCAGACCGCCAGACGAAGAUCCCACUUGCAGAGAUGCCAAGUACGAUCAGAGAUGCGGUAGUAUUUGCGCGUCAUAUGGGGAUUGAUUACAUCUGGAUCGAUGCGCUAUGCAUUAUCCAAGACGAUGCCGAAGACUGGGCCACAGAGGCCGCGCUCAUGUUUGCUGUAUAUCGACAUGCCACCCUCACACUGGUAGCAGCUGCCGGCGAUACCUCUCAUUCGGGAUUCCUUCAAAGAACUAGUGCUGGGCCGUCGGUCCUCGUCCCGUUUGAGUCUAAAAAGGGACAGGGUAGGGUGUCAGGCACAUACGUCCUGUCAGGUCUCAAUGAACACCGGACUUGGGAUGCCGACUAUCCAAGCCACAUGCAUACCCGAGCAUGGGCUACGCGGGCUUGGACAUACCAAGAAGAUCUCAUGUCUACUCGAGUAUUAUACUUCGACAAUCACACGUCCUACUUUCGUUGUCAAACGGAGCGACGUCUCGAACAUAGCAGCAAAAUUUACGACAACGUCCAAAAGUGGCAUCAUCUGCUCUCACCAGCACCAAAAGACAUAUCGCCCACUAAGGCGAAAGAGAGAAGGGAAAGCCUCUACGAGAGAUGGAAAGAUCUAAUCAUUGAGUAUACCAGACGCAAGCUCACGGUUUCCGAUGACAAGUUCUCAGCUUUGUCUGGUUUAGCCCGCACUUUCAGCUCGGCACUCGGAGAUGAAUAUGUAGCUGGACUUUGGAAAGAUGACUUGGUACGGGGAAUGCUUUGGAACACUGUCAUGCAGCCUUCAAAACCGAAAGCGUGGAGGGCGCCAUCCUGGAGCUGGGCAUCUAGUGACGCAGAAAUCGCUUGGGAUCUGCGAUUCUCACUACCACUUAUUCAGAAGUGUAGUAUUGAGAACAUCCAUAUAGAGGCCGCGGGCUCAGAUCCGUUUGGAAGGCUCGAGAGCGCUUGGAUUGAGCUCCGCGCUGUCUGCGUUCCAGUGGUUCUGAGACCGGUACAACAGGCCGAGAGUGACCAAGACACAUAUCUUGCAGAGGUCCUCUUCUAUGAAAGGGGGGAGAUCAUGGCCCAAGGAUCUCUUGAUGCUGUAGCGCCCUCGGGGUUAAGGAAUGACGACACUUUCAAGCCGGCCGAUUUUGGACAAGCUGAUGAAAUUACCGACGUAUCUGCGGUCGUUCUCGCGUCGCGCUGCAUCAUCUUUGGUCUAGAUAGGAGCUCAGGCGAGAGAAAAUUUUCGUCACCAUCAUUCCCAACUGGGCUUCUGGUGAAGGGCAGUCCACAGCAAGGAGAGAAUGUCGAAUCACUUCCGAUCUACAAACGACUUGGGACCUUCAGAACGGAGACAAAGGAACAGGCCGAUGGGUGGCUGGCGCUGAUGCAGUCUCGCCUGAAACUGAUAUAA